AAAAAUGUGGAGAAGAUUAGCAGACUGGCAACAAAACACAAAAUAGAUAAGGUGGCGGGAAAUUCCACUCCUUUUUCACAUGCCUUUUGGCGCAUCGAGAACGUUCCUAUGGUAUCGCCUCUGUCGUGAUUACGUUAUCGCUUCCACGAACAAGAAACGUGUUUAUUUAUUCGUUGAGACACCUGCUGCAAGUUUCGCGUCUCGACGUAAUCUUUCAACUAACUUAGAAGCAUAAGUCAUUGGUGUUGCUACUUUUCCUUUUAAAACAAACAUUGCUGUUGAACUUUAAUUGAUGUGAAACUUCACCAGUUGGGAACGGAUGGCUUCAUUUUAUCACAACUGGAAAGAUUAGAUGAGCUCUGUGGUAGUCUCCCAGGACAUGCAACCAACUUCUGACUACUUCAAUUGCAAUUGCAGACAUCUGACUGUGAAAGACGAAGAGUCUCUUAGUGCCGGUUGUGUGAUGGAUGAGGACGAAGCCAACCAAGCGGCCUAUUGUCUGCUGGCAAUGUCGAGGGCCACCACCGAUCGAAGAGGCAAAGGUGGUUCGCAAGAAGCCCUGAGCACAGCUUUAGGCCAUCCGACAGUGAUGGAGCAGCCGGCAGGAGCCUAUGCCAGUGCGGCUAUUGCUAUCCCAGCUGCUGCUUCUCCUCCUGCUCAAACAAGUACGACCAGGAAUGCUGAUGCUACUCACCAUCAACAGCCGUCGUCUUCACCGUUCAUGAUCGCCCGCAUUUUGACCGAUCUCACCCGCGUGCGUCAAGAUCUCUUCAGCUGUGAGCCUUUACAAAAAGCCACGCCGCCGACUUGCAAAGCCUCCAACCAGCGAAAUCCGAAUCCUGCUGCAGUGACGGGUGGCAAAUUACACCAUUGUUCCUAUCCGGCUUGUCAGAGGACUUAUGGCAAGAGUUCUCAUCUCAAAGCUCAUAUGAGAACACACACUGGUGAACGUCCAUUUGGAUGCACAUGGCCGGAAUGCGAUAAAAGGUUCGCCAGGUCGGACGAGCUGGCUCGACACAUCCGGACGCAUACAGGAGAGAAACGAUUUACCUGUGCCGUGUGUCAAAAGAAAUUCACUCGGUCCGAUCACCUCAGCAAACACGUGCGAAGGCAUUCAAAAAUGGAUGAAGGGUCGCCAAAGAUUCGGCGGUACAAAUCGGGAGAGAGCAGCAAGAGUAUCAUCAACGUUAGUCCAUCUGCUUCGCUCGAUUCCAGCGAUGGAUGCAGCACGAAUCAAUCUUACGUUUCAUCCUGUUCGGAAAGAGAUGCAACAAGAUAAGAUUUUGAUUAGGCUCCAGAUCGCGAUCAUUUUUUAGUUGUUAUCAAUGUGAAUUCCCGAUGUUGUAUUCAGAAUUUUAAUUGUUACUUUGUUUCUCAAUACGGUUUAAGGUUUUAACCGAGAAUAAACUAGGAUGUUCUUUUA